AGGAGCGCAGAAUCAUUGUACAAGAGGGCGGGGGAGUAGAGCGACAAUAGCCUACCAGAGAAGGGGAAAUCAAACAAGUGAGAAAACUGUUGCAUUUCUGGUAAAGAUAGGCCUACCUUACCGUUGAUUUUAAUACGAAAAUAUACAACACUUCUCAUUGCAGUAUCUAUUAUAACAGAAAGGAAGUGAAAAGUAAAAAUAUAUAUAUAUAUCACUAAUUGUGCAUUCCUCGGUUCUUAACGACCAGCGAGUGACCUGUACACAUUAACACUCGGACAGUUCAUAGUAGUUAGUAUCCGUUGAAGUGAAUGGUUUGUGAUUUACGACAUCAGUUCUGUAAAUAGCGAGCGAGAAAACGAAUUUGCAGAUAGGCUAUUUAGUUUUCGAGGUCGUUGCACUGUGAGCUUGGCAACUCUCCGAAGCUACGGUGAAGAUGAGCUGUUUUCACAGUUUUCGCGACCACGUUGGAAGUCGGCUGAGGAUCCACUGUAGCCUACUCCGGAUCACCGACACUUACUGAGCUUCGAGGAAAAGAAUGCUCCUGGCACAGUGGAACCUGAGAUAUUCUCUGCUACAACUCCAAUUACCACAAAUAAAAAAAGAGAGGAACAAGUUUUUAUAAACAAUGGAACAUUUUCUCAACACUUCAUUUCGAUAAAUACUGACAAUUGAAAAACCUCCCUCAAACCUCCAUAUCUGAGAGGGUAAUUUGUUAGCGUACCCAAGAGGAAAACACACCCAGGAUUAAGCAAAUGAAAAAUACAUAGAGAAAGUCAAGAGAAGCGCAAGGAAGAAAGAAGGGAAAAAUACCAGAGAUUCCCGGUAUUCACAGAGUUCAUUCUGGCCGGCACCACCAUUCCGGCCAAGGGGGAGGAGGACUUCCUCACGCUGGCCGCCUCCCGGCUCAGUCGCAGGAAACGUGUCAUUGGGGCAGGAGUGGGCGUGGCCAUGGUGCUGGUGUUGCUGGUUGCUAUCCCGUUAUUGGUUCACACCACCAAAGGGGGGGCGUCUGGAGGCGGUAGCACCCAUUAUGAGAUGCUCGGAAGCUGCAAGAUGGUGUGCGACUCUUUCACACCCCCACAGGGCAGCCAUGAAAUGACCGCUGUCUCCCCCCAACCCCCAGACUUUACAGGGAGAAGGGGUAAGUCUGGGUUUCGUGGGAGCCCUGGACUCCCUGGGCCCCCAGGCCCCAGAGGUCCCCCAGGAGAACCAGGCAAACCAGGCCCCCCGGGCCCCUCCGGCCCUGGCCCAGGGGGCUAUGUACCCUCCUUCUACAGCCCCAAGAUAGCCUUCUACGCAGGCCUCCGCAAACAGCAUGAAGGAAGUGAGGUGUUGAGGUUUGAUGACGUGGUGACCAAUGUGGGGAAUUACUAUGAGCCCAGCACUGGGAAAUUCACCUGCCCCCUACCUGGCAUCUACUUCUUCACCUACCAUGUCCUGAUGAGGGGCGGCGAUGGGACCAGCAUGUGGGCAGACCUUAAAAAGAAUGGACAGGUGAGGGCCAGUGCCAUAGCCCAGGACGCUGAUCUGAACUAUGACUAUGCCUCCAACAGUGUAAUCCUACACCUGGAUGUGGGCGACGAGGUGUGUGUGCAGCUCGAUGGGGGCAAAGUGCACGGAGGAAACACCAACAAAUACAGCACCUUCUCUGGCUUCCUCAUCUAUACUGAUUGAUGGCAUACAAACAGAAAUACACGCACAUACAAACACGCGUACAUACAAACAAAACCAACAAACAAUCUCCCAGGCGAACAAAUGCAGCACCUUUUUCAGGAUCCUCAUCAAACCUGAUUCUUUCAACCUCGAACCUCUCUCUUUUUAUCAUUUCCGUCUCUGUCUCUCUAUCCUGUUUCAUUAUGAAAAUCCACAGUAUUGAGAGAAACAGCUACAGUGGAAAUGUAAAUGUUUAAUGGCUCUGUGUUGUUAUUGUCAUUGAGUAAAUGCCAAACCAUGACAUUCCAGCCCAAGAGCUGUUACAUGGCAUCUGAAGUGUAUAGAAAUGUUAGUAUGACACAAACACCCACACAUCUAUUGGUGUUGUUGCAUCCAAGAUUAUUAUAGUAACGAAAAUCCAAACAAAAUUUUUACUAAACUAAAUCAUAAACCAAAAUGAAUUAUUUCUCUGCAAAUCCAACAAAAAAAAUUGAAAUCCAACAUAAAUGUAAAAUAAUAAUAAUAAUUGGGCAAAAAUCUAAUGUGGGUUUCAAGCUAUUUUUGUAAUGGUAUUUCUGAUCUUCUUAUUGUGGUGGGUUAAAUGCUGUCAAUAGACAACGUUUCAAAUAGGCUCAACUUGUUCAUUACAAUCACUAGAUAUAUAUAUAUCAUUAUAUUCCUAAUUUUGGGUGUGAGCAUUGGUGCUGUCCAAGACGUUUGGUUUUGAUAUGUUGUACUCUUAACCCACACGCUGCUCUGUUCUGUGCGAACUGCAACAUACAAAUGUCCUUAUUUGCAGCAAUCAACCAUAAAAAUGUCCAGUAGUUCAGGUGUGAUAAAACUAGGGUGUAAGAAGUUCGUCGAUUGUGAUGUCCUGGUCUAUUGUGAGAUCUUAGGGCAAUAUGUGAUAGAGAAUAAUUAAUGACAAUUUGACAAAUGUAAUGACAAUUAAGCACAGCAAUUCAUUAUCCCUAUAUUACAUCUAUUACUCCUUUCUAAAUAUGAUGUCCUUUCAAAUAGAAAUCAAAUGUCUUUACUGACAAAUUCCUCUGUUUUGGGGUUUUAUUUACUCUGAUAUUAUCAUGUUUUUGUAAAUAAUUGUCCUGCCAUCCUUUCCUAUAAAUGAGUUUACCCAUACAUUCAAAAAACAUGAACUGCAAUUGCUCUCCUUUAUAUGGGCUAUGAGUAGUCCAGACCUAAUCCCUGAGCUCUGGAAGAGGUGGCCCAAAAGAGGCAAGCUCGUUGGCAUCCUAACAAGACUACGCCAAUGACCGAAUAAACCGCUGAUGCAGCCCAUACUAUUGCUGAACACAAUUGUGACUUCUAAUGUUAAGGAAGUCAUAAUUUUUUCUUGCUUGAGACUGAAUACCUCAUAAUAAUCUGCAGAACAUAUUAUUUACCAAGAGACAUCUGUUGUUUUCUAACCAAUGCUGGCAUGAAAACCAUAAACACACUAUAAAAGGGGGUUUCUCAUGCCCAGUGAUUUAUACCCCACGCACAAAAGUGGAUUCAGCCAAAAUUUACCACAACUCUAUUCUCUUGCUAUCUGCCUAAAACUAAAACUGCCUAAAACUUUUCCACUGUCCCAACUGGACAACAUGAAUACCGUUGUGAGAAAGCUUUUCAUUGACUACAGUCAUACCAUAGCUCAUCACUAAGCUCAGGACCCUGAGAAUGAACACAUUCCUCUACAACUGAGUCUUGGACCUCCAGAUAGGUUCCUCCUCAACUCCUCCUCAAAUGCGUAUAUUGUGGACUACAAGAAAAGGCGAGUCGACAAUGCCACUUCAACAGAGUUAAAGUGCUCUGCAUUUUUGGGAUCGCUAGUAAGCAUUUCACUGUGAGUCUGCACCCGGUGUUACAGAAACACGUGAUCAUUUGAUUUGGAAUGUGAUCUUAGUAUACAGUGUAACCUAGUGGGGUUUAGGUUGUUUCAAAUGUUCAGAUGUAAGUUGUGCCUGUUGUUGUACACACAGCCUUCUCAUCAACCAGAAUGAUCCCUGGAUCUGGCCUCUUCCUACCUGCCUAUCUUUGAAGGCAUGUAUUACUUAUCUUUGAAGGGUGGUUACUUAUUUUCAAUAUAAUGUAUCAAAUUUAUUUUCAAUAUAAUGUCACUGACUAAUCUUGCUAGUCAGACAGGGUCACUCAGCUUUGCUUAUUAUCUUGACUCCAGACAGACCAAUUUGCAGACCAAAGGAGCUUUGGAUUGCAUUUAAGAUAGGUAAGAUAGCUUCCUUCUACCAUAUUUUCACAUUAAGGUACUGUAAUUUAAACCUAACCAAAAACACCAAAAAACUAAAAAGAUGAUAAUGCAUGCAACAUACAGUACAUGGCUGCUACUUUUCGUCCCUAAAACAAAGACUGAAAAUGUAUAAUAUAAAACCAAAAUGAUCAACAAAAUAAAAACCAGUAAAUCAAGUCUGAAAACAAAAUGAAACUACAUUUAAUUUCAAAUAAAAAUGUAAACUAAUAUGAAAUCCAUAUUAAACUAUAAUAAUCUUGGUUGCAUUACUCUGAUGAUGUUAAAAAUAUAAUCUGGAUUUUUAUAGUUACUUUAAUCCUAGCUACAUGAUUCUUGUGCAUCUCUUUCAGACACACAAACAAACAGACACAAAUGCAAACAUACACAUAAACACAUGCCCAGACAAUGAGAAGUCAUUUUUACCAUUUUGGUAAUGUUUUCACAACUUACGUUUAACUCUUAGAACAAAAUUCCCAACUGGUCUAACUUAACACCUCUUGUGCAUUCUUUUUUUUUGUAGACACCUUUCACUGCCCAAACAUUGGUUCUAAAUGUUUACUUUUAAUGAGUGGAUUGAUUUAAUCAUUAAAAGACAAAAUAUUUCUGUAUUCUCAAGCUUUUUUAACGAUCAGUUAAACCAAUAGCAAAAUUAAUAACGUUACUGUAUGUUUAAAAAUUUAUAAAUUACAAUGCAUUGCAAUGUUUAAUAUUAGGUAUUAUACUUGUACUAUCUGGUUAAACUCUAACCAGUCAGAUAAAUUAAAGGACAGGGAUGUUCAAAAGAUGGUAAUCAUACAUCACACGCCUUUAUUGUAAUCAUCUAUUGUAUUUUACAGUAUUGUACUUAGUUUCUGUAUGAUUGUGUUCCUGUGUGUCUCCGCUUGUUGGAGCAUGGCACUGGCAACACCAGAGUUUUGGGUUCAAGCCACACUGGGGUCACAUACAAAUAUUUGUGGACUUGUAACAUAUCAAUACCAUAUAGUUUGAUAUUUCUUUAUUUGACCAAUGACAGUUUAGUGACACAAUAAAAAUACCCCAGCAACAAAUGUAAAAUGACAUCAUACUAGUCAUGAUCAUGGCAUAAAUCUACAGAUACAUGUUAGACACUGUAUCUAUGUCAAAAAUAUGAUCUGGAUUUUUUUAUUUACUUUCACUUGUAAUUGAGCGAAAUAUCCUAACUACAUGACUUUUGUGCAUCGCGUUGCGCUUUCGGACACACAGACAGACACAGAUGCAAACAUACACACUAGAUAUAUCAUACUGUACUGAAUAUGUUGCUACAGUACAUUACAGACAUGCAUUGUCAUUAUGUAUUUCUCAAAAUCUGUUGUAGACAAACCAGUUUAAAGUCCAUAGGUUUAGCAUACCGUUAAGAAGAGAUGGCUGGCAGAUUAAAUAAAAAUAAACACAUUUUAACAAAAGAGAAUCAUAUCAAAAGUAUGUGAGAUUGUGAGAUUUACAUUGUCAAAGGCAGUUACUUUACAGGAACAUGUAUUUACAUGUGGAAUGUAAAUUUAGCUGCAAAAUGUAUUAUGUACAGUAAAAAAGUAACUGUAGGAUUUUGUAUGUUGUACUUAUUGAAUUGGAAUUGUUCUAAGAGUUUUGCAACAGCUUCCUUUAAGAUUCUCUGUUUUGAGUUUUGUUCUAGGAGUUUGAAGAAUAGCACCAAAGCUAUAUAAAAAAUGUAAUUGAAUGUCCCCUAUCUAGCGUUGUAUUGACACAAGCUGACCGGUGUGGAAUUGAAUAAAAUGGUCUCGGUAUGCAGACUGUAAAUCGAAGGCUGUGAGCUUGGCUGCGGCCUCCCGCUUUCUUUCUUCCCUCCAAGAUGGAUUUCCAAUAUGGCUGAAGACACCAAAAGAAAAAAAAAAUCCUGAAUAUAUUGAUCUGAGCUUAUAAUACACCCAAGAUCACGAACAUCCGCCCGCAUCGUGUGCGUGUGUCCUUGCAUGCGUGCUUAUCUGUGCGUUCAUGUCUGUGUGUGUGACAUUAAGUAUCAUAUUGUAGUUAGUUAAACCUACAUGUCCCCUGCUAAGGGGAGUGGGAGGAGUGAUGGUAGACCGCUAAAUAACACAAAGACCGCGCGACAAAUGACAGAGCAUCAUCAUGUUGCACUAAUGAGCCACGACAUCCUGUUUUUAAACCCUUAACUGUUGGCGGGACUCCAUUAGCAUUCCUACAUUCACUUUACAUUCAAUUGAUAACAGAGCAAUUUAAACUGGGUGUCAAAAAGGCAUACACAGAGACGGAGCUUCAGAUCCUGCUGGUUAUUAGUGGAACCAUGAGUCUUAUAUUCUUCAAAGGUAUGUCAGCUUGUUUGUUCAUAGUAUGUAUGGACAGUGAGGACAAAUCUUCUGCAGAACUACUUUCACAUUUUCAUUUAUGCUGCUACUGUAGAACCUAGAAACGGUUCCUUAAUGUGCGCCUUUCUGUCUUGUUUGCGUACCAUUUAUUACUAAUUGUAAAUGCAAUUCAAAUAUGCAGUUUCAGGUUGAUGUUACCUGUCAAAGAUGUUUUAUGCAAACACUUGACACACUGGCAGUGAGAAUCUAUAACAUGUCUCUUUGUGUAAUUGAUCAGAAUGGAUUGAUGUAGCUAAUUAUGUCAUCGUUAUUAUCUUUUCAUUACAGCACAAUUAUCUUUACAUCAAUGCUUAGUUUACACUGGCACUGAAAAAAGGUCUCUCUAAUACACUGGUAGUUAUAGUAUAACUUAAUCACCUAAUUGAAGUAGCUGUGACAGUCACUGGACUUCAGAGGAUAUUUGUAUUGGAACAAGUUGUUGCAUGUGUAAAACGGCUGAACAUAUGUAACUGUUCAUUAUAGUUGCAACAGGAAAUGGCCCAUGUGACCAGUCUAAACUCCCAUUACAUGAUUGCACUUUGGGCUUAACCUUCGAGACAAGACAGUGGUUUUAAUCAAACUGCAUCAGUUAGGGGGGAAAAACUGUAUUCUUGUAGAUCUGUGUUACCUCCUGACAGUAUUACAACAAACACACACCUGAAGGAGGAUUUAGAGGUCUUUUUUUAUUUUGGAUUAUCAUGCCAAAAGUUAUAUUCAUCAGAUGUGUAGACUGUGAAUGAUAAGAUAAUUAUUAUUAUACUGGUAAUCACCAAAACAUGCACAACACCUGUCAGUAUUCUCACCUCGGUUUAUGAGGUACAGUACAGUAUAUUGUCAUGUGAUUGCGAAUGAAAAGAAAAACAUAAAUGUUGGACAAUGGGUUUUAUACACAUGCAUUCUCCAUAAUGUAAAGGGCCCUGGGAUCUGCUGUGACUUAGAGUGACUAAAGAGAAACCAUUCAUAAGAAAUAUUUUGUAGAUAUGUGAUCUGCAUAACAAUAUGAGGCAAACUAACACCAACUGUAUAUACGUGUGUGCCUCCUUGUCCGUAACACAAAGGUGAAUAGAUCAGUCAUCGGUGCCCUAUGCAGCAAGCCUUCAACAUAUUACUGCCUCUUUGUUUAUUCAUAUCUACUGAAUUGUAUCCAUGUUCUGUCUUAGAAAGAGAAAAAAAAAACUACGCAUCCAUUUGCAGAAAUGUAAAAGAUAGAUGAUCUCAUCCUAAAAAAUAUUACCUUUAGAAAAAACAUCCACCUAAUGCCUUUAAAUUAAAAAAGGAGGUUAGGCAGUUAGGUUCCUGUGAGAACCCUCAUGAACUAAAGCAGUUCCUCGAUGGACCUCGCUUUGUUUUGAGUUCUGGAAACAAGGUUUGGGGGUAUUUUUCAAUGCCAAAAGGAUCUUAGAAGGAGCCUUGUUGAACCCCUCGUUUUCAGAGUGUUAACCUAAAUCCCAUUUAAACCCACAUGUUGUACAUGUAUGUUCGUGUGUGAGUAUACAUGACCUCCCUCUGUGCCAUGCUGCGUUCUACUGUUCCUUGGCACCACAUUAUGUUAAAUAUCUUACUGUUUAAAAGAAACUUGAUCUUUAUUUGUGAACAGUAUGAAUUGAUUGUUGUCACUGUAUCUUGAAAGCUGAGCUGUGUGUGUAUAACUUAUGUAUUAUAUAAACAUGCAUUUACUCUGCCCUAUAAUACCAUAAUAUAAGACCUAUAAUAAAACAAUGUAAAGAGA